AUGACCGACGAGUCACCCCAGCGCUCUGCCGUCUUCCGCGCCGGCGACCUCUACUGGCGCAAGGACGGCCCUUCGAGCCAUGUGCUCGGCCAAGUCCUCGCCGUCAACGCUGACGAGGGCAGUGUGACCUUUGGCCUCGUCGACGAGACGACGGGCAAGCGCAUCGAGAGCAGCCCGCCCCAAGUCCUUGAUGUCGCCACGUACCCGCUCUUCCCUGCCAACCCACUGCAGACGAGCUGCGCCGACAUGACGUCGCUGCGCUACUUGCACGAAGCCGCGCUCGUCAAGAACCUCUACGACCGCUGGAUGAGCACGGACCGCGAAGCCUACACGGCCAUGUCCAACGUCCUCAUCGCCGUAAAUCCGCUCAAGUACCUACCGCACCCCGAGAAGCAAAUCGUCGUGUCGCAGUCGCUCGACAAGUCACCGCCCCACCCGUACCAAGUGGCCGAGAGCGCAUACCGGCAGAUGCGCACGGUCAAGCAGAACCAGUCGAUCGUCAUUUCGGGCGAGAGCGGAGCCGGCAAGACCGAGACGUCCAAGAUCAUUUUGGACUAUUUGGCGGACCGGUCGAGCUUGGACGCGAAGGGCCACGCAAGCCCCGAAGAAGAGCACGCAGUCCUCGAGCACGCGCUCGGCGACCGCCUCAUGGAGACGAUCCCGAUCCUCGAGUCGUUUGGCAACGCCAAGACGCACCGCAACCACAACUCGUCGCGCUUCGGCAAGUACAUGCGCCUCCAGUUCACGCCCAAGGAUGUGAGCGACAAGGCGACCGUCCUCCGGCUCUCGGGCGCGUCCAUCGACACGUACUUGCUCGAGACGUCCCGCCUCGUCAUGCCGCCCGAAGGCGAGCGUAACUUUCACGUCUUCUACGAGCUCAUGCGGUCGGCAACAAGGCGCUGCUGCAAAAGCUCCACCUCUGUCGAGGACUACAUGAACACGUUCACGUACCUCCGGUCGUCGCAGUGCUUGACCGCUGACAAGAUCGACGACCGCGCCAACUACCAGAAGCUUGUUGCGGCCUUGGACUACGUUGGCAUUGACGCCGACGAGCUCUUCCGCGUCGUCGCGGGCCUCUUGCACCUCGGUAACGUCGCCUUUGACGAAGAGGACACGAACGAAGGCACGACGGCGACGCUGCGUGCGAGCAACGGCAACGGCCCGGACUCGCCCGAGGUCACGAGCACCCACGCGAGUGUCCUCGAUAUUGCGGCCGAGCUGCUUGGGCUCCACGCGGACGAGCUCCUGAACGUGAUGCUGAGCAAGAAGAUCUCGCGCCAAAACAGCUCGGGCGGCGAGCGCAUGCUGCGCCGGCAGUUCUCUGUCUACGUCGUCAAGAAGGACGUCAAGCAAGCGAGCUACUCGCGCGACACGAUCGCCAAGAUGAUCUACGCGCAGCUGUUUGCGUCGCUCAUGCGGCACUGCGCCGAGACGCUCGAGUUCAACGCUGCGCUCCAGGACGAUCUGCCGUACAUUGGCGUCCUCGACAUCUUUGGCUUCGAGGAUUUCGAGCCGCGCAACCGCAAUUCGCUGGAGCAGCUCUUGAUCAACUUUGCCAACGAGACGCUCCAGAGCAUGUUCAACGCGUGCAUCCUCAAGGCCGAGCAGGAGCUCUAUUACGCCGAAGACGUCUACGCGCCUUCGAACGUCAACCUCGCGUUCGCUUUCGGUGACGCCCCCAACAACCCGCAGCCGUUUACGCCGGCGCCGCACGCGCUCGUGUCGUACGCCGACAACCAAGAGUGCCUGAGCUUGAUUGCCGGCCGCUACGACAGCCUCUUCUCAACGAUGGACACGGUCGGGAAGCUCGCGGGCGCGUCCGAUAAGAAGCUUCUCGACAAGUUCCACCAAGCGUUCAAGAAGCACCCGUGCUACCCGAUGCCGCAUCCGAAAGACGCGACCCAUGCGUUCUGCAUCCAGCACUACGCCGGCGUCGUCUCGUACGAAAUUGAAGCGUUCGUGGACAAGAACAACAACGUGACGUCGAUCCAGCUCCAAGACCUCAUUGCGAGCUCGUCGCUCAAGAUUCUCGGGUCGCCGACGUCGCAGGCGGACGCGCCGACGCUCGCUAGAAACCCCGGCAGCAUCUCCAACACGUUUGCCAAGCAGAUGAAAGGUCUUGCAUCCGAGCUCGAAUCGACGCGCUGCAACUUUAUCCGGUGCAUCAAGCCCAACGCGGCGAUGGACCCGUCGCGCUUUGACCGCGACAGUGUUCUAAGUCAACUGCGCUGCUCGGGGACCGUCCAAGCAUGCCAGGUGCUCCAGGUCGGCCUCCCGACGCGCGUCGCGUACCGUGAGCUCAAGAGCAUCUACUCGGAUAUCCUCAGCAAGAACGUGCUCGAGAAAUUUGACGGCAACGACAAGCUUUUGGCGCAAGGGCUCUGCGCGAUCCUCGGGUUUCCCGCCGACGCCUUUCGUCUCGGCGAGUCGCGCCUCUUCUUCAAAGCUGGCCAAGUGGACUUGCUCGAUCGCCUCGUCAACGCGACCGCGCUGAUCCCGGCGUCGGACCUCGACAAGAAGCUCUCGCACUACGUGGCCAAGCGGCAUUGGCUCUCGGCCGUCACCAAGGUCGUCGUUCUGCGCCAGUUCCAAAAGCUCUUUGCGAGUGCGCGGCUUCGCCAAAAGGCCAUUUUGCUCCAAUGCUUUGUGCGCCAGCGCCUCGCGCGCGCCAAGGCCGCCAAAUUGCGUCAACAUGCUCGUGUGGCCGCGCUCUGGUCGCGCUUCCGCGAGCGCCUCGUCGUCCGCGCGGCGUUUGACGGCUGCAACGAAGAAAAGAUGAGUCUCCUCCAGGCCCUCAUGGUCGCGCCGCGCGUCUCGACAAGCGCCAAGUGGCUCCUCACGUGGCUCGGCCCGAUGCAGCGCGCGUUGUACGUCCAGAAGCUCGGCAAGACGGCGUGCGUGACCUACCUCGCCAAGCGCGCGUUCAUCCAGCUCCUCGAACAAGUCCGCGAGAAGCGGGCGUCAGUCGCGCUCCAGUCGCAGGUUCGCCGGUACUUGGCCGCCAAGCAAGUCGAGACCAUGCGCAAGAAGCUCGCCGCGCAGAAGCACUGGCAGCGCGUGCGCGUGAUGUGGAAGGCGUCGAUCUGCUUCUUUGCCCUCUACAAGCGGGCCCACCUUGUUGGCCUCGAGCGCGACCACGAGCUCCUCACGGACGAGAACGAUGCGCUGAAGGCCGAGCUCGCGACGUUCGAGCGCCAGGUUGAAACGCUAUCGACAGCAGCAAGUGAGCACAAGGCGACGGUCGAGGCGCUAGAAGCCAAGCUCAGCGACGUCGAGCACCGGUACACGUCGCUCAAGGAGACAUUGAUCGAGAGAGACGCGACGAUCGAGGACCUUGAAGAGAAGCUCGCGGACGCCGACACGACCCUCGAGUGGACGAUCAGCAAGAAGGACACGGCGAUUACGACACUUCAGGGCCAGCUAGCCGAGAUGGCCGCGCACCUCGCGAGCCUUGAAGCCUCCCACGCCAUGUGUGCCGACAAGUACGACUCGGCAGUGGCGCAGCACUCGUCGCUCGUCAGCAGCCUCGAGGCCAAGGUGGCUGCCUUGGACGCUGAACAGCUUCGCACGACGGCACAGCUCCACGAAGUGACGAUAAGCCUCCAGGCGGCUCAAACGGCGCACGACCUCAAGGUCUCAGAGCUUGCUGACCAUCACACGGCGGCGACGACGACGGCGACCGAGUUUGAAAAGCGGCUCGAAGAGAUCACGGCGGCCAAGGCUGCCGUCGAGACCCAGGUGCAUGAGGUGACGAGUGCGCUCGAGGCGGCGGAAGCCAAGGCCCGCGAUCUCGAAGGAGCAGCCUCGGAAGUUUUGGCUAUGCGCGCGACGGUGGCUGAACAGGAUCUGUCGCGUACCGAGAUGGUUGCUACCAUACACUUUCUGGAGGCCAAGAUUGUAGAGGCCGAGCAAGAGCGCGAUGCCUUGCAGGAAAAGCUCGUCCAAGCGCGCGCCAACCAUACCGCUUUCGAAGUCGAAGCCGAGGCGCAGCACGUUGCUCUCGAGGGUCAACUUCACGACGCGAUGGAGGCGCACAAGGCGGCCAACGACGAGCUCGCUCUUAGUGUUCAAGCUCUCGACGCCAAGUUGACCGAGUCGAUGGCGGCCCAUGAUGCAUCCAACGUCGAGCACCAGGCUACUGUCGACGCGCUCCAAGUCGCCAUCGCUCAGCACGUUGCAGAUCAAGAGGCGGCGCUUGCAGCUCACGAGGCGGCCACGGCUGCCUUUGAAGAGUCGCUCGCCCACGCCACAGCUCGCCAAGAAGAAGCACAAGCUACUUUGGAUGCGGCCCAUGCCGCCCAUGCGACGGCUGUGGCCGAGCACCUAGCGACGGUUGCGGCUCUGGAAGCCAAGAUGACGGAGCACGCGAUCACGCACGACGCGGUUAUCACCCAGCACGCGAUGUCGAUGGAGGCGCUGGAGGCGCAGUCGGCAGCGCAGCUCACCAACAUCUCGGCUUUGGAAGCUACCGUGGCGGGUCUCGAGGCGGAGAAGGCGGCGCAAGCGGAAGCUUGUGCCACGCACUGCAGCGACCUUGUGCUUGCCCAUGAGAAGGCUGAGACGCUCAAGGGCGAACUCAUGGACGUCCACGCCCAGCUCGAUCUGGCCCGUGCAGAGCUGCAGACGACAACGGACACGAUGACAGCCCAUGCGGCUACGAUUGCGACAUUGGAAGCGACGCUGCUGGCGACGGACGCCGCGCACAUCGAAGCGAUGGCGACCAAGAACACCGAGUUGCAGCACGCGAGCAACGCCUUGAAGGCAGCGCUGGUCGACUGCGAUACCAAGUCGACUGUGAUUGCGGAGCUCGAGACGUCCAUCGCUGAUCAACACGCCAAGCUGCAGCAAGCCGAAGCCGACUACGCGUCGCUGGAAGCGGACUUGACGUCGCAGCUUCACGCGCUCGAGGGCAGAGUGCACGACGAAGUGGCGGCCGCCGCUUUGCUUUUGGCGCGCAUUGCGGCCCUCGACGCGCAACUUGAAGCGUCCACUUUCGACAACAACCAGCUCGAAGCCGAACGCGCCGCGUGCGCUCACGACCUCGCUGACCGCCAAGCGCGCGUCAGCGUCCUCGAGGCCCAAGUGCUGGCACUCGAGGCUCAAGUGCACUCGGCGGAGAUCGAAUCUGCUGCGACCGCGCAAACCCUCAAGGAGCACACGCUCGCGCUAGCGACGGCCGACUCGAGCUACAAGCAGCUCCAAGAAGCGUAUGCGACCAAGUCCGCGAUGGCUUUUGAACUCAAGCUGCUCGUGGCCGAACGUGACUUUGAAAUCAACGCGCUCAAGUCGGAGCGCGACGGAUCGUCGCGCACCCGCCUCGACUCGACGCAGUCGUGGCGCUCGGGCUUUGGCGACCUCCCCGAGCAGCUCGAAGAGGAAGUCAAGCAGCAGCAAGAGCUCACCAAGAAGAUCCGGCAGCUCGUGCUGCAGUGCCGUUGGUAAGCCGUCUCGCCCGCGCCGGUCAUCUACCCCGUGGCUGUACCUCCGUGCCCGACAUGUUGUAUUGAACCCGAUGACUAGGACGCUUGAAGACACUCGAGUCUCCAAGCCAGAAUGAAACUGUUAGUGUACAUAAUUGCAUGUAAAAAACUGAUUAGGUGUACAUUGAGCACUC